AUGGAGGGGCAUGCCAAAUACAGCUGUCAUGUGACUGGCAUCUUAUCAUCCAUGCCUGCUCCAGAAUUCGAGUGGUAUAGUACUGAAGAAGAUGACGCCAAUCGGCGUCUUGGGCGGUUUCAAGCGUUUAUGCGUAUCGAGUACGGAGUACUCCGCAGCCACUCGUAUAAUCUUGGUUUAAGCUUGUCCCAAGUCAUAUUUAUUGGAAUAGAACACAUGGCGGAGACGCUUCUCGAUGACAUUUUGCUGGUAUCAUUCUGCCGCCAACUCGCGAUUGGAUAUGUAUCUGGCCAGAGAUACAGAGCGGUCAGACAUGGUUGCGAUUGUUCGAAUAUAACCUCUACAAGGCUACUGGCCCAGUAA